AAGGGAGCAGAGGAGGCCUAGCCUGGGCUCUGGAUGGGCAGGCGAGGCCAGAGGGCUGGUGACCAUCCUCCACAUGGGCCUGCGGAUGGUCUUCGGGGUCACCAGAGCCAGGCGAGUACAUUGGGAAGAAAGGUGGCCGCAGGAUGGAUACCGCCGGGGUCAGGGCAGGAAAGACGGGCUGUGAUUGAAAGGUGCCACCUGUCAGAUCUUCACGGGAAAUCUGAGCCUCCUGGGCCAAGGGAAAGUGUUGUACCAACAGGGCGGUAAACACUGCUCUUCUUCAGCUGAAGGCUCUUGAAGUGGGGGUGGGGUGGGGUAGAAGGGGGGAGGAAGGGAGAGGCGGGCAGACGGAAGAGCUGGGGGCUAGAGGCCGCUGGCUGGGGCUAAAGGCAGCCCGGGAGUGAGGCCGCUCAGCUGGAGGAAGGAGACAGCUCCAAGCCCCCAGGCAGAAGCCCCACAGAAAUGGAGCAGAAGGAAGAGAAGCCCUCUGCAGAUGGGACCACGGUCUCCCCAGCCCCGGAGGCCCCCGUGACGCAGGGAGGUGGAGACCCCGCAGAGGAGGCCAAAAGCACAACCGAGACGAGUGUCAAAGAGGGGCCUCCAGCUGGAGCCGGAAAGCAGGAAAGGGCACCAGCCGAGGACUGCACUUCUCCUGAACUUCAGGGGGAAGCCAGUGGAUUGGAUGAGGUCAAGGUGGAGUCCAAAGCAGAGGCUGAACUUCACAAGCAGGACGGCGGGAAGGAAGAGACCCAACCUGCCCCCAAGGAGGCUGAGGAAGCAAAGGGGACCACGCUGGCCUCUGAGAAGCAGCAAGCUGACGAGAAGGAGGCCAAGGCCCAAUCUAGGGAGGAAGCCUGUGCGAAUGACGAGGCCAAGGCUGAGCCCAAGCAGGCUGCUGGGGGGCAGGAGGCCAAGACUGGAGCCAGGGAGGCUGACGGGAAGGAGGAGGCCACAACGGCCUCUCAGGAGAAGAGCAGCAAGACAGAGGAGCCCGCGGCUGAAGGCCAGAAGAAAGCCGGUGCCCCAGAGGCCAGGUCAGACUCUCAGACGAAGGCUGCUGUGGAAGGGGAGGCUGGCGCUGAACCUCGGGAGGCUGACGUGAAGGAGGAGGUGGUGAGUGAGGCAAAGGAGAGGAGGGAGGAGGCCCCCCAGUGUUCUGAAGAGCCAGGUAGUCCCAAAGAAGAGCAGGACCAGGGUGUGGAGGCAGAGUCGGAGGAAGGAGCAGGGGUGAUUCCCAGCUCCCCUGAGGAAUGGCUCGAGAGCCCCACCGAGGAGGGCAGUGGCCUCAGCCCAGAUGGGCUGGGUCCAGACACGGAAGCUUCCGGGGAGACCAGUCCUUCUGCCAGUGAGUCUUCACCCAGUGACGUGCCCCAGAGUCCUACAGAGCCCCCUCCCUCCCAAGAGAAGAAGAAAGAGAAGCCACCAGAGCGCAGGGUGUCAGCCCCUGCCCGGCCGCGGGGGCCCCGAGCACAGAACUGCAAAGCCAUCGUGGACAAGUUUGGCGGGGCAGCGUCGGGCCCCACGGCCCUGUUCCGAAACACGAAGGCAGCCGGGGCGGCCAUUGGCGGUGUCAAGAACAUGCUCCUCGAGUGGUGCCGGGCCAUGACCAGAAACUACGAGCACGUGGACAUCCAGAACUUCUCCUCGAGCUGGAGCAGCGGCAUGGCCUUCUGCGCCCUCAUCCACAAGUUCUUCCCCGACGCCUUCGACUACGCCGCGCUGGAGCCCACGCAGCGCCGGCACAACUUCACCCUGGCCUUCUCCACCGCAGAGAAACUGGCCGACUGUGCCCAGCUGCUGGAGGUGGACGACAUGGUGCGACUGGCGGUGCCGGACUCCAAGUGUGUCUACACUUACAUCCAGGAGCUGUACCGCAGCCUUGUGCAGAAGGGGCUGGUGAAGACCAAGAAGAAAUGAGGAGCGGACCGGCCUUGUGGGUGGAGGUGGGCA